AGUUUAGUACUGUAGAACAAUAAAUAAUGUCAAGAGUAGGAGUAUUAGCUUUAGGACCAGCCGGGGUUGGGAAAUCGACAUUUUGUAAUGCUAUAAUAUCGCAUAUGCAAUCGAUAGGACGUCGAGCACAUAUUGUAAAUCUAGACCCAGCUGCAGAAGCUACCGAAUAUGAAUUCACUAUUGAUAUAAGAGAUUUAAUAUCACUACAAGAUGUUAUGGAAGAAAUGGAUUUAGGACCUAAUGGAGGAUUAGUAUAUUGUUUUGAAUUCUUAUUAAAUAACCUUGAUUGGUUAGAUGAAGAGAUUGGAGAUUAUAAUGAUGAGUAUUUAAUUUUUGAUUGUCCUGGACAAAUUGAAUUAUAUACUCAUAUACCUGUUUUACCCACCAUAGUUAGACAUUUACAACAAAGUUUAAAUUUCAAUCUCUGUGCUACAUAUUUAUUAGAAGCUCCAUUCAUAAUAGAUACUUCUAAAUUUUUUUCAGGAGCUUUGAGUGCCAUGUCAGCUAUGAUUCUUCUUGAAUUACCUCAUAUUAAUAUCUUAUCAAAAAUAGAUUUAGUUAAAGAUGAAUUUAGUAGAAAACAAUUAAAGAGAUUCUUAAAUCCAGAUCCAUUAGUAUUAGCUCAACAAGAUGAUGAUUAUAAUCCUAAAUUUGCUAGAUUAAAUAAAUUAAUUGCUAAUUUAGUUGAUGAUUUCGGUAUGGUACAAUUCUUACCAUUAGAUUGUCGUAAAGAAAGUGAUUCUGUCGCUACUAUUUUAAGUUAUAUUGAUGAUGUGACUCAAUGGAGUGAAAGUCAAGAACCUAAAGAACCUAAAGAUGAAUUUGAAAUUGAAGAUGACAAUGAUAAUUAAAUAAUUAUAGAUAAAUAGAUAUUUCCUGUAUAUUACCUACCCUUUUCGGGCUCAAUUGCCCUCAAUACAAAAUUUUUUCGAACCAUAAAUGAAAAUAACAUGGUGAAUAUUAUGAUAAACAAAGU